AUGCUUGCGACUCGCUUCAUCCUUCCGUCCGACUUCAGAGCAUCCUUGUUGCUGCGAUUGGUUCUUUAUGUUGUGUCAUGUCUUGGGUACUGGACCGUCAAAGUCCAGUAUACACGAUUUAAGCACUCUCGGGAAGCCGCGAAAUUAGGUGCAGUUCUUCCACCCAGAAUGAAGGGUAAAUGGCCAGGGAACGUCGAUAUCGUCCUCCGUUCACUAGAUAUCCUUAGAGAAGGAUAUUCCACUGAACACUAUCAGCAAUUCUUGGAUGAGAACGGCUGCGAUACACUCAACCUGGGAUUAUGGUGGGAGGAUUCCUUUGUAACCAGGAACCAUCAUACAGUGCAGAUGAUGCUGGCAACGAAUUUUGACAACUUCAUGAAAGGCCCUUCGAAUCUCGAAAGGAUUAAUGGCAUGUUCGGUGAAGGAAUAUUCGGAACUGAUUGGCCAAAGGCGAAAGUUCACAGAGCAAUGACUCGUCCGUUCUUCGCUCGUGAACGGAUACGGGACUUCAACAUAUUUGAUCACUAUUCUGAAAAAGCAAUCAAGCACUUUCGUGCACGCGCUGAGAUCAAUCAAUCCAUAGACGUUCAGGAUAUCUUUGGGCGGUUCACCCUCGACGCAGCGGGCGAAUUUCUUUUCGGAACGAACAAUCUGAACACCUUAGACCUUCCCCUCCCCAUUCCAGGUCAAUCCGUGAUAGGUCCGAAAGGGGUACAGGUGGAAGGGGACUACGGGGGAUUUGUUCACGCCUUUGAGAGUGCUCAAAUUAUUAUAACAAAGAGGUUGGCGUAUAGGAGUAUGUGGCCUGCCAGAGAAUUCCUCACGGACCAAACGAUGGAACACAAAGUGGUUGUGGACCGCUGGAUGGCACCCAUGCUCCAAGCGGCGAUCGGUAGAAAAAAGGCAAGAGGUUCUCAGAAGUGCGGAGACAAUGAGGGAGAUCUUAUCGAUCAUCUGAUGGAUUCGACGAGUAACAUGAAACUUAUUUGCGACGAGCUCCUCAACAUCCUUCUGGCUGCCCGUGAUACAACUGCGUCGCUUCUCACCUUCACCAUCUAUAUGCUCUGCAUGCACCCCGAAGUUACCACCAAACUCCGUACCGAAGUCCUUAAACAUGUCCCUAAUGGUCCACCAAGCUUCGAGGACAUUCGUCAUAUGAAAUACUUACGCGCAGUUUUGAACGAGACAUUACGCCUUUUCCCGCCGGUUCCGUUCAACUACCGUGCUACUAAAUCUCCGUGUCUCGUCCCAGGCGAUGCAUCCACCCACGGAAAGCCCUUGUAUAUUCCGGGCGGGGACACAGGCAUGAUUUUCCUACCUCUUGUCAUACAACGGCGCAAAGACCUAUGGGGGGACGAUGCUGAAGAAUUUGACCCUGAGAGAUGGAUUGACGAAGAGCGAGUGAAGAGGAUGGUCGCUGAUCCGUUCAAGUUUGUACCUUUCAACGCUGGACCCAGAAUUUGUUUAGGACAGAACUAUGCGUAUAAUGAAGCAAGCUUCAUGAUGGUGCGCAUAUUGCAAGUUUUCAGUGAUUUCACUCUUCGCCAGGAGGAUGCACCUGCUGGAGCCUGCCCGCCCAUGUCAUGGAAAGGUGCGGCGGGACGAAAGGGCAUUGAGAAAAUUUGGCCACAAAAUGCUUCUACCCUGUACUCCAAGGGCGGUGUGGGUCCAGAUGGGAAUUGCUGA